UUAAUUUUUUUUUGUAUUUUUCAGGAAGCUGACAACUUCUUGCCAUGCAUUCCAGAAUCCAGUGGAGACUCCAUGGACUCCGACGGACCGUCCGCCGCCUGCUCCCCGUCUGCAGACAGUAUGCAGACGUAUGCAUCAUCAUCCACCGCUGCUAGUCCACUAGCAACCUACAAUGCAUCUACUGAACUCGAAAUGGAGGAAGUUAAACAUGUAGUUUCUAACGAUAUUAUCCCCUCAAAACACAGUCUUUUCAAACCCUAUUUAACAUUGGAACCAGGAAACAUCAACGUAGAGUCUGCAGAACAACGUAACAUCAACGUAAAUUCUGCUGGAGAAACUAUCGGUACCUCGCAGAACGUCUGCAGAGAGUCUGUUGGGGAACAACGUAACAUGAACGUACUGGCCACAGAGCAACGUAACAUCAAAGUACUGCCUGAGGCUCCAAAGAACGUCUAUAAACAGUCUGUUGGGGAACAACGUAACAUGAGCGUACUGGCCACAGAGCAACGUAACAUCAAACUACUGCCUGCAAAUGGAGUAACUGAGGCUCCGAAGAACGUCUACAAACAGUCUUUGGAGGAGAUGUGUAACAUCCGCAUAAAAUCAGAAGAUGAUGUUACCGACGUUCCGAAGAAGAUCUGCGUUGAAGAGAAACGUAACAUGAGCGUACAGUACACAAAUGGGGUUACUUCUCUCGUCUGCAGAGAGUCUGUGGCGGAUAAAAUCUGUGUACAGCCCACAGACACUCAGAAGAAGGCCAUUAUCAGACCGACCGCACAGCGUAACAUCCGCGUAAAACCCGCCGACUCCCUGAAGACAGUCGGCCGACCGUACGUGCCGAUACAGCCACGUGUGGCGGAGCCGUCUGCAGAGCCGAUAGUGUUGAUCUGCACACAGUCGGCAGACGAAGGUGGGAAUUUUGUGUUUAUGGGAGAUGUGGUAAUUGGGGAGGUUUGUUGUACUACAGCUGUAGCUGAAGAGGUGGUAAUCAGUGAAGACUGUGACAAUAACAGUUACUGUCAGGACAGUAGCAGUUACUGUCCAGAUACUGACGACAGUGAUGUGGAAAUUGUCGAGGUAGAUGAAAAGCCAUCUUUGAUAGAAUUGGGAGAGAAAUGUUUUUGCGAAGAAGGUCAUUCUGAUGAUCAUGGUUAUGAAUCGAUCGGGUCUCCUGACAGUGAUGUAAAUGCCACUGUCAAUCUGAGGCAGCUUUUUCCCGAGCUAUGGUGAAUAAUUCAUCCAAAUUUAUUAGUAAAUAAUGAAUAAUUCAUGAUAAAAUAAUGAAUAGUUUGUUGUUUUUAAAGUUUGAAUAGGUAGUUCAUCAACAAAAAUGUUUCAAAUCAUUGUGCUGUAUGCAGGGACAAUUAUCUAUGUAAUUAGUGACAAAAAUAAUGAAUUGUUUUUACUCUUUUUAUGUAUUUGAACACGACAUGCAGUCGUGUUCUAAUAUUAUUAGAUUAUAUUUAGUAAUAUUUAUUAAGUAAAUAUUAAAAACUUUUACUUACUGACUGUAAGUACAGUACUAACAGUCAGGAAGUAAAAGUUUUUAAUAUUUACUUAAUAAUCGACUGCAUGUCGUGUUCAAAUUCAUAAAAAAAAGUGUGUUUAUACAAAGCAGCUCGGAAUGAAUCAAGAAACCAUCAUAACCUGGAAUUGUUUUUGAUUUAUGAAUAGUAAAUCGUCAACAAAAUGUUGUGUAUCAUUUUUUUUUAUGCAGCGACAAUGAUUCAUGUAAUGACAAAAAAAAGAAUUGUUUUUGAGAUAUAAAUAGUAAAUCAUCAGCAGAACAAUAUUUGUGUUCUAUUAUGUGAAUGAUUAGUUUUCUUUAUAAUUAACACAACUUGUAACUUUAUAUUGUGUAAAUAUGUUGAUGAAUUAUCAUAGUUUAUAAAAUAUAAUAAAAUAAAAUUUAAAAAAAUUGAAAUUUGAAACAAAAUCAGUAGAUUGUGUAGUGUUUGAAUAUGUAGCAAAUUUGUAGAUUGUGAAUCUAAGUUUUUCAAAAAAUUUGGAUCAUUUCAUUUUGUGAUAAUGGUGAUUAAUUCAUCAAAAUGCACAAAUUUAUACAUCACAGUAUUUUAUUGUAGAGUAAUACAAAUAUAUUGAUAAUCAAUAGAUUUCAGGCCCGGUUGCACAAAAGCCGGUUGAAUUUUAACCGUGAUUAAUUUCACGAGAACCAUUCAGUGAAGGAAUUUUUGAAAAGACGGCUUCUCUGAUUGGUUCUCGUGGUAUUAAUCACGGUUAAAAUUUUACCGGCUUUUGUGCAACUGGCACUCAAGUGUUUUUGUUUCUGAAGCUAUCGUAAUGUUUUUGUAAAUGUCUAUUUAUUGAUAACCUUACUAUUAAAAUUCUCUAUAUUUAUCAAUAGUUUUGUAUUAAAGUCGUCUGAAAUUCAUAAUUUUUUCUCUAAAUGUUACUAAUUUAUUAUAGUCUUUAUUGAAUUAGGCUAAAACAAAAUUUUGUAAUUCCAUAGCUAAUAGAAGAUUUAGUUUUAUUUCUUUCAUAAAUUUAUUAAUUUGUUCAUUUUGUAGUUUUUUGUAUUCUCACUUUGAGUUCUAUGUAGAGUUUAUAAAAGUUGAAUUAUAAUAUCCAUUGUAAAUCGUUAAUUAAUUUUUUAUGAAGGAUAUCUUGGAGGAAUUUAUAUCAGAUUCAAAUUGUAUCAUCUGAAUGAAUGAUUCUCGAAUCUGGAUCAUAUUCAAAUUUUUUAAGUUCCUCCAUCAAUUUAUCCUCUAUUUCCUUGAAGUAUACGUCCUCAUUCUUCUAUCUUUUGUAUUUCUCAUCUUAAAUUUGAUAGACUAAUAUAGUAGAAUUUAUCACUAUUUUUACCUAGCUUAGAAAUGGGAAAACACUGUCUCAGAUUAUUUAGUGUAUAACAUCUAUGUCUCUAUUGAUAGGAAGAUAUUGUAUUCUAUAUUUUGAACAUCAAUUUUGAUUUGUAUAGUUAUUUAUUCACAGCUUCGCAUAGAUUUAGAAACUAUAUUUGUUUGCUUCCUCGAGUACCAAAUAAAAAGAUGCAUGGAAAUUUGAAAAAAAA